CACUUAUCCCACUUGCCAAUUGUCUAUCAUAUCAAUCGUAUAGGAAACAUUUGUCGGGUUCGUUCAAAAUAACCUGCCGCCGCUUGUCUCGCCAAAUAGCUGGCCUCAUGAGUAUCCCUGAGAACGACGAAGUUUCCUCUAUGGAUAAUAAAACAAUCAAGAAGAGUCACGAUGUGUCAGUAGAGAAAUCGAGUCCUGACGAAGAACAAGAUGGCGGCCAGUGCGAAGAAACCGAGGUUUCAGGAUAUGGGUCAAAAUUGACUCACCCCUGGCUGUGCGUGCUAGCUACGUUUUUUAUGUUCGUUAAUGCUUGGGGACUGACGCAGGUGUUCGGGCUAUUCCAAGAAUUCUACAUCCAGACUAGGCUCCAAGACACAUCACCAAGCGACAUAUCAUGGAUCGGCAGUAUACAAGUCUUCCUCGUCAUCACCGCCGGCACCUUUACCGGGCCGCUUUUCGAUGCCGGUUAUCUACGACCGCUCCUGGUUGUCGGCUGCGCGCUUCUCGUACUGGGCAUGGCCACGCUCUCUAUCGCUACGCAGUACUAUUCGAUAUUCCUCGCGCAGGGUGUCGCCGUUGGUCUCGGAGGCGGUCUCAUCUACGUCCCGUCGCUGUCCUUCAUCUCGACCAUAUUCCCGGAUAAGACCCGCCCCCUAGCCAUUGGCAGCGUCAGCUCUGGAGGCAGCGUAGGCGGCAUCAUAUUUGCCUUCAUGCUCCGGCAACUGAUUCCGAGCAUCGGCUUCAGUUGGGCUGUGCGUUCCGUCGCGCUGGUCAAUCUCUUGUUGUCGGCCGUCGCGCUCGCAAUCCUCAUGCCGCAGCGCAUUCAACCUCCUGCGAAUAGGCGCGCAGUCGUUGACCUGCGCGUCGUCUGCGAGCCCAACUUUCUUUUCUUCGCAAUAGCUUUACUGCUCAACUACAUCGCCUUCUAUAUCCCGGCCUUCUUCUUGCCCACGUUCGCAACGACUUCUCUCGGGCAGAGUCGUGACUUUGGCAUCUUGACACUGGUCUUCGUCAGCAUAGGCUCGUUCCUCGGCCGAACAAUCCCACUCGUCGCGGCCAUCUACAUAGGGGCCGUGCAGGUGUACCUCGCAGGGACUGUUGUUGCAAUUGUUGUACUCUUCGCAUGGAUGUCGGUUCGUAGCGUUGGGGGUGUAGUUGCCUUCGCCAUUAUCUACGGUCUUGUGUCCGGCGUGCUGGUCGCCGCUCCAAGCGCAGCCAUGUCGCAUCCUACCCUAUCCCCCACGAUGGACGUCAUCGGCUCGCGAAUGGGCGUAGUCUGGCUGUUUGCCGGGGUAGGAGUGCUUAUUGGGUCACCCGUAGCAGGCGCUUUGGCUGGUAUACAUCCUGAGCAUAUUGACUUUCGACCAGCGCAGAGCUUUGCGGGCGCUGUUGUGACUGCAGCUUCACUCUUUCUAAUCAAGCCCCUUUUAUCUGUGGUUCGGUAUAAUAAGACUACAAAGCCCUGAAAAGAGAAACGGCGCUCUCGGAAACUAAUAGCGGGCCACAGAGAUGAUA